AUGGAGAAGCCAUCCUAUAAGCUGGUGGGCGCACCGUGCGGCCAGCACGGCCAGUACACCUUCUACAAGGCGAUCAGGCUCACCGGCAAGCGGGAGAGGAUCGUCGCGAUCGGGGACUUCUUCUUCGUGAGGAUAUGGCAGGACUCGGAGCUGGUGUCGAUCGGUGAACUGCAACUGCUGUGGACGGACAGGGUCUCCGACCAGACCCUGGUCAGCCUGAGGCUUUACUUCCUGCCGGAGAACACGCCCGACGGCCGCUGCCAGCACGGCGAGGACGAGGUGCUGGCGAUAAACGACAAGGUGGUCGUGAGGGCCGAGGACCUUCUCAGCUGGGUGUGUGAGGGUGCGGGUUGGCGGUGGGGGCUGCGCGCCGUGUGGAGGGGGGCGUGCGCGCCCCCCGCCGAGCCGCACCCCACCUCGCCCCUCCACCACACGAGGCUCGACUUCAGCGACGUGGAGCGCGAGAAGAACGCCAUAUCGGUGGACGCGGUCAGCCCUGGGGUCAUGGUGUUCUCCUACCCUCGCUACUGCCGCUACCGCGCGCUGGUUGCAAGGCUGGAGGGCAUCCAAGCAGACUGGCUCCGGGACUCUCUGGUCGCCGCCCUGGGCGGGUAUGCCGCCCCCACCAGGAACACGAGGAUACUAUACUGCAAGGACACGUUCGAGUACCCGGAGCUGGAGGGGCACGAGUUCGUGUGCAACCACCUGGCGCCGCGGCUGAAGGGCAGGCCGAGAGGCAGGCGGAGGCGCGCGAGGUCCCGCUCCGCCACGCCCUCCGACGAGGAGGACCACCGCGCCUACGAGCCCAGCACGCCGCGCCGCCUCUCGCUGCGCAACGGCGGCGGCGGCGCGGAGAAGCAGAGCGAGGAGGACGAGGAAGAGGAGAAGAAGCCCGAAGUGGAGACGGAGGAGGAGAGGGAGUUCCUGCAGCAGCUGAGGCAGUUCUACCGCGGGAGGCACGAGAGCUUCAAGAUGGCGCCCACGCUGAAGCACCUGUCGCUGCGCAGCCUCUAUGUGGGCGUGGCGUCGUUUGGCGGCUACGAGGCGGUGUGCCGCUCGCGCCAGUGGACCUCGCUGGCGCCCGACCAGCCGGCCCGCGCGCGCCGCCACUACGAGAGGUUCCUGCUGCCCUUCGAGAACCACGAGCGGCGCAGGGGCUCCAAGCUGUUCCGGCCGCGGCGGCAGAACGGCCGCGUGGCCAGCCCCGAGCCCGCCCUGCCCACCAUCGAGGUGCACGAGUCGCCGCCGCCACCCGCCUCGCCCACGCUCACGCCCACGCCCACUCCCACGCCCCCCGAUCGCCCCGCCACCCCACGGGAGCAGGUGACGGACAGCGAGAAGGUGGAGCCCCUGGACGGGACGGACUCCGUGGAGCCGAAGAUAAGCGUCAGACCAGUGGAGAGGCUGAACGAGGCGCCCGAGCGGGCUGGGUGCGUGGCGGAGGGGAGCGGAGGAGGGGAUGCCCCCGCGCAGAACCUAACAGCUGGUCCGGAUAUGCUGCCACAGCCGGAUGAGCACCGAGCCCCACCCAACGGCCAGCCAUCGCUGACCGCAAUGGACCAGAGGGGCGCUCGGCCCGCGGGGCGGAGCUCCCUCCGCGCCGUCAGGGUCAAGGCCACGAGGCCGGCCGCAGCAGCGGUCGUAACGACCAACGCGGUGCCGCCGCCGUCGUCGAUAAACAAUUUCGGCAUCCACCACCCGCCGACGCCCGCUCAGCCCGUCCGGCAGCCGCGGACGCCGCACAGCGACGACGAGAUCGUCGAGGUAAGGAGUGGAUUAAGGCUGGAUCGAGGGUGCAUGUCGACUGGAGAAAUGGUUGUCGAGGGUGGAUGUCGACUGGAGAAAUGGUUGUCGAGGGUGGAUGUCGACUGGAGAAAUGGUUGUCGAGGGUGGAUGUCGACUGGAGAAAUGGUUGUCGAGGGUGGAUGUCGACUGGAGAAAUGGUUGUCGAGGGUGGCUGUCGACUGGAGAAAUGGUUGU